CAGAGGAGGCGGACUCAAAGACUGAUCGAUUGAUCACCGUGCAUUUACGCAGUCGGGUUUAGCGGCCCCCCCCCUCAUGGCUGCUCCUCCGCGGUUGGCUCCGGCGCCAACUUCAGUGCCAGUGAUGACUGGUGAGUAUUCUCCUCGGGCUAGUCUGUUAGUAUCGACCGGACGGAAGUACGGAGUCGGACACGGAGGCCACUGGCACAGGUUCGUCCAGGAUACCCAUGCCUGGUCGCCCAUGGCUGCGGUGUAAGUCUGGAAGCCCUCGUCGCGCCUCCCGAUUGGGUCCACCACCACUGGCUGAUGCCAGUGAACUUGAAUAACUCCGUCGUGGCCAACCACCAGGUAUACUCCGUCAGAGGAUGAGCUACAGCCCCGCAAGAUCUGCUGUAUGUACGACGGCUGCGGGUGUCGGGCCGUCGGUAGCGGACUUCCAAGACUGACUAGAAUCCUAGAGAGAUCCAACACGGUAAGGAUCACGGGGGUCCCCGGUGGAAUGGGCUCCUGGAGAAAGGUUCGGUCGGCCCUCUUUUCCUAUCCUCCGGCCAGAGCGAGGAUCAAAAAGAAAAGAACAGGGAAACCAAAUCCAAAAGGCACGAGAAAAAGAAAGCACGCUGGGCAGAUCCUCAUCUUAGCCUGCACGGCCCUGAACAAUCCCCGGGGGGUUACACACAGACUAACUCCGACAGUCCUUCAUCCUGGCCGAUCAUUGGCGUCCCGGGACAAGCCCGGAGUACAUAUGUCCUUUCCUCAAUUUACUCCCGGAGCCCAUGGCCAGAGGACACUAGGAACUAGAGAGGACGAGCCAGAGGCACUGACAGACACCGGAUGGCUAGCCUGGUUUCGACCUCAACACGGACCGCCUGGUGCUCCCAUGCCAGAUGGAUGUGCAUCCGGUCUCACCUUCACUGCCGAUACACAUGCAUAUCCACCUACAGUAGUCGUGCUCGUCGAGUCUGUCGGUUGGACAUGUGGCAGGGACAUGACGGGCGUGGACCAGGAGACCGGCCACCCUCCUUCGUAUAGAUAGAGGCGAGAGCAGAAGGGCUCAGGGCUGCGGGCUGCAGUCCGCCCUGCCCGACACCUACGGCGCCUACCUUAGUUGACCAGGUCCUCCCCUCCGGAUGGACGGUCCAAUCCAGGAUGCGGACCAGCCAGACGGCCAUGGCUGGAUGGAGGGCGGGAUAGGUCAGCGUAUGGCUAGACGCGCUUAACGGUCGGAAAUAAAAAGCGACUUGUCAAAU